AUGAGUAAGAAGAGUGAUGAUGUGAAGGACAACAUCACAACCAUUGCCAACAACACCUGCUUCAUCAGCACACCGUCGUUGGUGCCGGCCAUCCUAGACGCAUUCUCAGACCUCAAUGUGGCGCAGGCGUGCCUGCGCGAGAUCUGCGACCACGUGUUGAGCCAGCUUGGAUCGUACAGUACAGCGUGCCUCCCAAUCGUCAUCAAGUUUCUCAUGCAGCAAGGUGGUGGCGCGGAUGGAAUGGAUGUGAAUGCGCUGACAGCGAACAUGAUCGCUGACUCCUCCACCAUGCACACGGCCAGCACCAACAACGGGCACCAGAACGCCCACCGCCGCGGCGCGGAGACCACCGUCAUCAAGCUUGCAAGCACGGGCCGGCUCACCGCCGAGGUGGACGCAGCCAUGCCUGUGCUGCUACUGUCGCUGGCCCCAGAUGACCCGAAGCUGCUGCACCCGUUUGCGCUCAUGCUGAACGGCAUCCUGGACUGCCUGGGCAACCCGCACUUCAUCCACAUUCGGCAGCUCUUCCGUAUCCUGACCACGCUCACGUUUGACCGCCAGCGCACCGCAGCCGCAGGCCUCAGAGGAAGAUGGUGUCUGUCUCAAUUCAAUGAAGAGCUGAAAUGCAUCGGCACCAUCGCUGCCAUCACCGUCACCCGCACCUGGCUCGCUCUUGCCAACGCCGCAGACAUCUCCAUCGACGGCAACCAUCUCUCCUCGCUGUUGCAGGCCUUGCAGCUCAUCUAUGCCGACAACACCAACAGCCAUCAAGAGCAAGCACACCUGUCAGGAUGCGUGAACGGGCACAGCGGACUCACCAUCGACCACCGCUGCCGACGGCCGUUUGGGUUCAGGUCGCUCGCCGACCCCGGCAUGUGUGAGGGCCGCUGGAACCCCAAGCGCACGCUCCAGCACGACAACACACGUCAACACGAUUGUGGUUUGCGCAGACGGACGGGUGUGCCCCAAACACGGGUGGCGUGUUCUAACGUCUCGCCCGAGGACACGCGCGCGCGCGAGGUGGGCAAGGGCACGCACGUGGUCGUCAGCCAGAAGACGCUGCAGGCCCCCGUUCGAGAUGAAGCUGCAGCUGCCGUCGGGGAUUGCCGCCGAGUUCGCGGGCAUGAUGCGCAGCAAGACCGACGUGGAGACAAGAUAGCGAAAACGCGCUGCCGGAACGCGGACCUUUCACGUUCCUGA